CUUAGCUCAUUAUCUUUUGUCUAUUUUAAUCAAUUUGUUUCCAUUUGAGGAAAAGAGUUUUUGAAGAAAAAAAUGGGGUUUAAAAAUUUUGUUUUGUUAAUAAGUGUGUUUGCUGCAGCUUGCAGUUCCAUUGUUAUGGCAUCUGAUCCAAGCCCUCUUCAAGAUUUUUGUGUGGCAGAUGUCAAUAAUCCUGUGAAGGUGAAUGGGUUCGUAUGCAAGAACCCAAUCAACGUGACUGCUGAAGAUUUCUUCAGGAGUGGGCUUCACAUUCCCCGAGACACAAACAACCCCGUAGGCUCCAACGUAACCGCCGUGAACGUGGCCAACCUCCCAGGACUCAACACUCUUGGCAUCUCCAUGGUCCGCAUCGACUACGGGCGGAUGGGGAUCAACCCACCCCACACCCACCCACGCGCCACCGAGAUCCUCGUCGUUCUCGAAGGCACCCUACUGGUGGGGUUCGUGUCAUCAAACCAAGACGGCAACCGCCUCUUCUCCAAGGUCCUAAAUAGAGGAGAUGUGUUUGUUUUUCCAGAGGGGUUGGUGCACUUCCAACAAAACGUGGGGCGUCGCAAUGCGGUAGCGAUUGCGGGGCUUAGCAGCCAAAACCCAGGCGUUGUCACAAUUGCUAAUACUGUGUUUGGGUCCAAACCAGAUAUCCCCACUGAUAUCAUAGCCAAGGCUUUCCAGACUGAAGCUUCCAUUAUUGCUGCCAUUCAAGCCAAAUUCUAAGAAAUGAAUGUUAGUGUUAAUUACAUUUAUGUUUUUAAUUAAUUAAUUAAUUAUGUGUGGAGUGGAGUGGAGUGGAGUGGUGUUGACAUACACAAAUUUAAAUAAUGCCCUUUUGGCUUCUUCCUGUGUGUUUUAAUUUUGUUCUUAUCAUUAUUUUUCUUAUGAAAUUAUAAAUCAUUCAAAUAAUAACAUUCGCUUUGACCGCCUC